AUGAAGAAAUUGCUCAAAAGAGAAGAUUGGCUAAACAGAAGGCAAAAGCUAGACGAAGCAGACCCAAAAUCCAAAAAAAGAAAUGAGAAGCUUGUUAUGUGGGAGGAGUUGAGCUACGUAGCUGGUUUAUGUCAGGUUCCCUGCCGUUUCAUGGGGGACUUUAAUGAAAUUGUACAGGUGGAAGAAAGACGCGGCACUGAUAGAUUAACCCCGUCGGCGGAAGAUUUCAAGAACUGGAUACAUGAUAUGGGUUUGGUGGACUUACCUAUUACAAAUCAAUGGCUUGAGGAGUUUUCGGAGACUCGACUACGAGGUGGCCCAAGGGGUUUGUCUGACCACUAUCCCAUUAUAGUGGAAGAUAAGCCACUCAGACAUGAACCGAGGCCGUUCAGAAGGCUUGACUCAUGGUUUACGCAUGAGGGUUCCCUAAGGAUGGUAAGGGAGGAAUGGAGAGGUUUAGGAGAUGUGCAAUUCACAGAUAAAUUGAAGGCUUUGACAAUUCCACUAGGGAGAUGGCAUAAAGCCAAUUUUGGCGACAUGGACAAGAAGAUUCUAAAGUUUGAGGAAGAGAUUAAGAAGAUUGAUGACAUGGUGGGUGAAGGGAUUUAUGAUGGAACGAUGGAGGCAAGAAGGAGGGCGCUUGUAGCUUGCUGUGAGAAAUGGAAUCAAGCGAGGAAUAAGAUUGUGAUUAGGAAUUUCUACAAGGACUUGUAUCAUCAGGAGGAGUCUCCAAUGGUGGGGUUCAAAGACGGGCUGGUGGAAAUGAUCAGUGAAGAGGAUGCUUUGGCUUUGGAGAUGCAACCGACUACUGAGGAGGUUAGGGAAGCAGUUUGGGAUUGUGAAUCUUCCAAGGCUCUUGAAAGUGAUGGGUACAACAUGAACUUCAUCAAGAAGUGUUGGGAUGAAAUUGGUCCUAAGAUCACGGCAAUGGUGUUCGAUUUUUUCCAGUCUUCUAGGCUACCAGCGGAUGCCAAUCUCACCUAG